AGUCGCUCGCAUCUCCUUCCCGAAGCCCGGAACUUGCUAGCUUGAUCCCAAAGAAAACUCUCUCUCUCUUUCUUUCUCUCAAGUCUCAUCAUAUUCUGCUCAACCUAGCGGUUAAUUCCUGUAUUCCUGAUCGGAACUCGUACCAAUGGCGGCCGUUGGCAUCGAGAUGAAGCAGCCGGAAUUGGCAGUGCCGGAGGAGACUUGCUCCGCGAAAGGGGCCGUGAAGCAAGGAGAAGGGCUGAGGCAGUACUAUCUGCAGCACAUCCUGGAGCUCCAGCGACAGGUUAGACAAAAGACGCACAACCUCAAUCGCCUUGAAGCGCAACGUAAUGAGCUCAAUUCUAGAGUGAGAAUGCUUAGAGAAGAACUGCAACUGCUUCAGGAACCUGGUUCAUAUGUUGGUGAAGUUGUCAAAGUCAUGGGAAAAAACAAGGUUCUGGUUAAGGUUCAUCCAGAAGGAAAAUAUGUAGUUGAUAUUGAUAAAAAUAUUGAUAUCACAAAGAUCACUCCAUCGACGAGAGUUGCACUCCGUAAUGACAGUUAUGUACUCCAUCUGAUCUUGCCAAGCAAAGUAGAUCCCCUGGUUAACCUUAUGAAGGUUGAAAAAGUUCCAGAUUCCACGUAUGACAUGAUUGGUGGUCUUGAUCAGCAAAUCAAGGAAAUAAAGGAGGUUAUUGAGCUUCCGAUAAAGCAUCCUGAACUAUUUGAGUCUCUCGGUAUAGCUCAGCCAAAGGGUGUCUUGCUAUAUGGCCCGCCUGGUACAGGAAAGACACUGUUGGCUAGGGCUGUGGCCCAUCAUACUGAUUGUACUUUUAUCACGGUUUCUGGUUCUGAGUUAGUUCAGAAAUAUAUUGGUGAAGGCUCUAGAAUGGUUAGAGAAUUGUUUGUUAUGGCAAGGGAGCACGCACCAUCUAUAAUUUUCAUGGAUGAAAUUGAUAGCAUUGGAUCUGCUAGAAUGGAGUCUGGAAGUGGUAAUGGUGACAGUGAAGUGCAAAGAACUAUGUUAGAGCUUCUGAAUCAACUUGAUGGAUUUGAAGCAUCAAAUAAGAUCAAGGUUUUGAUGGCCACAAAUCGAAUUGAUAUUUUGGAUCAAGCUCUUCUCAGGCCAGGACGAAUCGACAGGAAGAUUGAAUUUCCAAAUCCCAAUGAAGAGUCUCGUUUCGAUAUCUUAAAAAUACACUCAAGAAGAAUGAAUUUAAUGCGAGGAAUUGAUUUGAAGAAGAUAGCAGAAAAGAUGAAUGGUGCCUCAGGUGCAGAGCUCAAGGCGGUAUGCACGGAAGCAGGGAUGUUUGCUCUAAGGGAGCGGAGGGUACAUGUAACUCAGGAAGAUUUUGAGAUGGCAGUCGCAAAGGUGAUGAAGAAGGAGACAGAGAAGAACAUGUCACUAAGGAAGCUUUGGAAGUAAAUCUGGGGUAAUGUAUGUUUUCUCCCCCUUGUUUUGGGAUCAAACAGAAUGGACAUGCAAACCUGUGUAUUUUUAUGAAGCUGGAUAAUUUGGAUACCAAAGAAACUGUCUUCUCUUUUUAUUAGACCAACAGGCCCUUUUGGUCUGUUUUUGACAAGAGGUUGCAAGUUGCCCAUCUUUGAAAUCUGUGAUUCAAAGAAUCUAUUAUAUGUAUUUUCAUGAAAA